GGUAUGCUCGACUCCGGUGCUCCGUCCGUGAGCGGUGCUAAAAAGGAAGCCUCGAGUGUAAUCAUCGGCAGUUGUGUGUUUUAUGUUGUUUUGGCGACCGGUAACGAGGGUUUCAGCUGUGCACCUGGUUCUCUUAAGCUCAAAGUCGUCAACGUGAGCUAACGCCAGAGGGAUUUUCGGAGUUCGGACCAUAGAUGUACUAAUAACACCGAUUCGGACUGUUGACACGGGGAACCGGAGAUGGCGGUCCUGAAUCUGUCCUUUGCUGCAUGUGGUUUCUUGGGGAUCUACCACUUGGGUGCUGUGGGGGCCAUUCUCCGCCACGGGGACAAGCUGCUGGGCUCCCUCAGGGCCUGCGCCGGGGCCUCGGCCGGGGCCCUGGUGGCUGCUGUAAUGAUCACGGCUCCUGACAAGCUGGAGCAGUGUAAAGAGUUCACCCACAGGUUUGCCAACAGUGUGAGAGGACAGCCGUUUGGAGCGGUCACACCGGGAUACGACUUCAUGCUCACACUACGGGAGGGGAUGGAGGAGAUUCUGCCCAGUGAGGCUCACAGUCUGGCCACGGACCGCCUCCACAUCUCGAUGACGCACUCGGGAAGUGGCAAGAACCACAUUGUGUCCAGGUUUACCUCCAGGGAGGAGCUCAUAAAGGCUCUACUGGCCAGCAGCUUUGUACCGGUCUAUGCUGGACUCAAACCUGUGGAGUUCAGGGGACAGAAAUGGAUUGACGGAGGGUUCACCGACAGCCUGCCAACUCUGCCUGUGGGACGAACCAUCACCGUGUCUCCCUUCGCUGGACUGCAGGACGUGUGCCCUGUCCACGGGGGUCGCUACAACGGUCAGCUCAGACUGGCCAACAUGGACAUUAUGUUCUCCAUGGAGAACAUCAAACGUCUGAACCAGGCUCUAUUCCCUCCAUCUACCAGCAGCAUGCACGUGUUAUGUGAACAAGGUUUCGAUGAUGCCGUGAGAUUCCUGAAGAGAGAGGCCUGGAUGAGCUGACGCUCACGUCCACUCAUGGAAAGAACAAGCAGGAAGCCAAGCACCAUUCACAGAAAUGGAUUUUACUGUAUUUAUUUCCAUUUUGUUUCCAUGGAGUGAUGUUGCAGAGAACCUACAUGCACAUUGAUCCAACAGCUCCAUGUGGACUGAUCUGUGAACAUCACUUGUGACGGCCUCAGUGUAUAUUUUUGAAGCAGAGCAUGAAAGAGUGUGUGUGUCAUUGUGAGCUUCAAUCAGAUUAUGCGUUAUCACACGCACAUUCUGGGUCUCUUCCUCUGCUCUGUGACGGCAGCUGAACAUGAUGAAAAGCCGUCACGAGAACAUGCACUCUUCAUCAAUUUUUCAAGGAGGCAUUUAAUAUCACCCAGCUUGAAGCAGUGAGGCGGAAAAAAAUUGGGAUAUCGCAGCACUUCACAGGAACUCCAUGCUGCCGUCAUGGAUGCUGGGAGCCCCCUACGGACAUGAGGAUGGAGCAUCGUCUUUGAAGUGCCCAGUGAUUCCGCGGGGGUUCCUUUUUUUGAUUUCCUCAAGCUUCAGGAGUCGAGAGCAGGUUCCCAUUUGUUUUUAUUUAUAAAGUUAUAUAUGACCUUUGCUGUAAAAUGAGUAUUAAUAUUUGAAUUUGAAAAUGAGAAAAUUAACAUUAAACCAACAAUGGCUGAAAUGGCACUGAUCCUGAUGGGAUAUUUUCAAG